AGCAUAUCCAUAUCUCUCUUAAUCUUCUUAAUCUAAAACCCAAUUGCUUCUUUUUUAAUCUAAUUUUUACGCUUACUCAUCUCUCCAUUCUCUUCUAAAACUGCUCUCCCCUUAAAUUCAGUAUUACAACUGCGUUGAACAGAUAUUGUUUUACAUGUAAGUCUCCUGCUUGAUCAGAGAAACAUGGAUGCUGAAGGUGGGGCUGCGGAUGCACUUCGGAGGAACUACAGACUUGGGAAAACGCUUGGGCAUGGCUCCUUUGGAAAGGUCAAAAUUGCGGAACAUGUUCGGACGGGGCAUAAGGUGGCCAUUAAAAUCAUCAAUCGUCGGAAGAUGGGGGGUCCUGAGAUGGAAGAAAAGGUGAGAAGAGAAAUAAAAAUAUGCCGAUUGUUUGUGCAUCCACAUGUGAUCCGCCUCUAUGAGGUUAUAGAGACACCAACAGAUAUAUAUGUCAUCAUGGAGCAUGUGGUGAAAGGAGAGCUCUUUGAUUAUAUUGUGGAAAGGGGCAGGUUGCAAGAAGAUGAAGCUAGACACUUUUUUCAGCAGAUUAUUGCAGGAGUGGAGUUUUGCCAUAGAAACAUGGUCGUUCAUCGUGACCUUAAGCCGGAGAACUUGCUUUUAGAUGGGAAAGGCAAUGUGAAGGUAGCUGAUUUUGGAUUAAGCAACAUUAUGAGGGAUGGACAUUUUCUAAGAACAAGUUGUGGAAGCCCAAACUAUGCUGCACCUGAGGUUGUUUCUGGAAAACUUUAUGCUGGGCCUGAAGUGGAUGUUUGGAGCUGCGGUGUAAUUUUGUAUGCUCUUCUUUGUGGAGCUCUUCCUUUUGAUGAUGAAAACAUUCCCAAUCUCUUCAAGAAAAUAAAGAGUGGAAUGUACACUCUUCCAAGCCACUUGUCUGCUGGAGCUCGUGAUUUGAUUCCAAGAAUGCUGGUUGUGGACCCUAUUAAGAGGAUAACCACUCAUGACAUACGAAAACAUCCUUGGUUCAAAGUAAAUCUUCCUCGCUAUUUAGCUGUCACCCCACCCAAUGCAACGGAACAUCUGAAAAGGCUUGAUGAUGAGAUCAUCCAAGAAGUUCUUAGAUUGGGAUUUCAGAGGGGCCAGCUUAUUGAUUCACUGCAGAGCAGGCUGCAAAAUGAUGCUACUGUUGCAUAUUAUCUACUAUUGGACAAGCGGUCCCCCAAUGCAACUGGCUACCUCAGUGCUAACAUCCAAGAGUCCACGGAAAUUUGUUCUUCGGGACCUUAUUCAGAUCCUAAUGCACAAGCCUUUCCAAUUGACGGGAAUUCAUCACCCUGGAUCUCAAGAAAGAAGCAAUGGGCUGUUGGAAUACAGUCCCCAGCACGUCCAGGUGAAAUAAUGACCCAGAUUCUCGGAGCUUUGCAAGUAUUAAAUGUCAGGUGGAAGAAGGUCGGGCACUAUAACAUGAAAUGCCUCUUCACUCACAGCAUUCACAGCCUAAACAGCAAUUCCACUAGUAACCACAUGAAUGACAACCAUUAUGCUAAUGGCACAACUUCCAUCAGCUCAAAUGGAUCGCAACCAAGCUCUGCUGUGAAGUUCGAGAUACAGCUUUACAAAACCAGCGAAGUGGAGUAUGUGCUUGAUCUGCAGAGGCUCAGUGGUCCUGUGUUCCUGUUCUUGGAUUUCUGCGCCUAUUUCAUGAUGCGGCUUGAGUUCAUUAGCAUGUUAACUUCCGACAAAAAGUUUGUGACAUCGAUGUAGAUAUUAGUACUAUUUUGCAAGGUUACUUAUACCACUUGUUAGGAUUUUUUUUGUGUUGGAAAUGCAAAAAAUUAUAACUGGCAUUUGUAUAUACUUGCGAGUAUUUUUGUGCAUAACACUCACAGCCCUGUCUGAUUACGUGAA